AUGUCAAGGAGCAAAGCCACGCUGAUCAAAAAUUACAAACCAACAGACUUCUCACACGAACUUAAACAACGGUCGAUGUUUAAACAACUCAACCAGACUAUCCACCACGAGGACUUCAAAUUGGCGGAACAGUUCUUGAUCAUCGGCGGUAACGCGGAGGACGAUACUCCAGAAGUCAUUUAUAAGUAUCCGGACUUUAACAUCGAACAAUUCAUGUACGAGAUCCUUGUCGAGUUUUUGUAUCCACGCGGUGUCAUGAAAAGUAGAAAAACAGCCAAUUCAGAGGACGAGUUACACAUGUUCAAGGAGAAGGCAAAGAACUCGGCGAAACACGUCUCGAGGUUCUCGACGUUCUUUUUUACAAGUAGUAUAGUCGGGUGUACUCGGUAUGCUCAUUGUUUGUCCCAAGCACGAAUUAUUCAAAAGGACGGACUGAAUUACGUCGAAGAUGAAAUCUUUUAUGUGAUGCUUACACUGUCGACGCGUAACUCAGUCAUCUUUUCUUUCUUAGAACAGUUGCUUGAUGAACCAGAAACACAGAAUUGGUCGACUACACCGAGUUCUAUACACCUCACUGAUCACUUUAAAAUGUUCUUCACACUCCCAUCGACAUAUACAGAAAAGAUCUAUUUAAAUCCACAGGUGGACGCACUGCUGGACAUCCCUUGUCAUAUCUGUCGAUGCUUAUUCCUUCGUGUGAUUCCAAUGGAUUACUUAGUCUUAUUUGUCUCAACUCUAUUACUUGAAAAAAGACUCUUCAUUAAAUGCGAACACAAAUGCCUUGUGAGCUCCCUUAUAGCAUUUUUGGUUGAAGCGAUCUAUCCCUUCCAAUUUGAGUUUCCGAUCAUUUCAGUGCUAACGAACUCACUGUACGACUUGAUGGACAGCCCUACACCAUUGAUUGUCGGACUCUUCGAAACACCUAAAGAAAUCCCAGCGGAGAGCGUCUUGUAUGACAUCGACUCAAAGACACUCACGUUCUUCCCUCCAUCGUUCAAGCAACAGAUUCCACAAUUUCCAAACGCAAAUCGGGUCGUUUGUGGAUUGAAGGAAUCGACGAAACAAAUUAGAAAGCAGCCAAACCACCCGAUGUCGUAUUGUAUUCAGAAGCACGAGAGUGUCAUUUCUCAAUGUCUCAAUAUCAUCCAAAUCGAGUUGAAAAACAUGGUCGUCGAGUUCGAGGACUUCUGCAUCUCCUCGCGCACAGAAAACAAUAGAAUUGUCUCGAUGUUCAUGAAGACAGAGUUCAUAGAAUACUCCUCCAGAAAGGGUCGUGUAUUCUUGAAAGAGUUCCUCCAGACCCAAAUGUUCGAGAACUGGAAGACUAAAAUGCUCAUCGACAUGGACGAGAAAAAGAACUCAAGUAUAUCCUCAGACGGCGGAGAGGAGACUAAAACUAUUUAA